UGUAUAUUUAACAUUUUGUAAUGUUUCCUGUUUGAAACUGUACCUAGAGGAGCUGUAUAAAAGGGUUGAAUAUUAAUGCAAACAGCUCAUACUGUUUAGUAGCUAUAGUACGUUUAUAUUUAUAUACUAGUAUAGUAUGUUUUCUGAUGCUUUCAUACUUUCACCCAAAAAUAUGAAUAACAAUUCAUAUUUUUGUUUAAAAAAAAAUUAAGCACUUAAUUUCACAGUCUUUUAAAAGUUCCAGGUCUGUAGACUAUUUGCAACUGCACUCCCUGUACCUCAGCUCUUGAUUGAAAUGUCACUCUCCCUGUACAUCACGAUCAUAAUAUUUAAGCCCAUUGUCUUCUGAUUUUCAGAAAUCCAUUAAACGGUUCCAUAGAGUUAUUAACCCAAACACAGACUGAUGCUGCAGAGAGAUAUUGAUGUCACUGUCCCGUGAUAAAAGAUCCUGGCGCUAUGAUGGAGAGGAUUAACUGGUUUUAUCUGGGAUUAAAGACGACCCCCGUCUAUGUUUCCUAAUGGCUGUGGUGGGUUAUAUUCAAAGCUUAAGACCUUCUAAAAGCUCUCUCCAUCCGUCGCUUCAGUCGAGAGAGAAGCUCGCUCACAAGUUUGUGCACAAGUACGUUACUGGACCGCAGCAUGACAGAAAUGUUCAUUCUCGUUUUGAAGAAGUAUGCACUGAUAUUUGCAUUUUAAUAAGAAGAAAAUCCAGAUGAAGAUUGUAGAAUUGGACAUGACGUCUGUGGCGGACAAAAUGGAGCGAGUGUCAGUCGAGCAGGACGAGAUGUUUUAUCCGAUUAGUGAAGCUCAGCGUGGAAGAACAGAUGAAGAACAGCGCGGUUUCUCGGGUCCAACAACAGAGCAACAAACUGACAGCUACAGCUCAGAUCCAGAUGCUUUUUUCCAGUUCCUGGUCAAGAGUCAAAGUCAGCGAUUAGACGACCAGCGGGUGGCACUGAGCUCAUUGCCAGGGAUGGAGGCGUUCACCAUCAAAGAUCCGAAAGAUGGAAGUGUACUGAAGACAAACUUUUAUCAGAUUUGCAACCUGGUCAGCAAAGCUAAUAGUUUGAAGAAACACAACCCUCCAAAAACAAGCCUGUCCCCCGGGGCCCAGGACUCUAUGAGAAGAUCAAGCUACAAUCCUCCAACUGCUGCUGAUACAGACACCUACAACACUCUCACGACCAGAUCAGCCUCAUACAACCCUAUAUCAGACAAGGACAGAAUGGACUAUGAAAGUUUUCAACGUGAGCAGGAUCAGCUGUUGUGUCUAGUUAGUCAAGCACAAAGUAGACGUAUGGAUGAACAACGCUGUUCAAUUAACCCUUUAUCACCUGGACGUAUGGAGAACACCCAGUCAGGUAAGUGUGUCAUGUGUAAUGACUUAUCAAAGGACAAACCAGUCAGUGCAGUUUCUGUUCCUCUACACCCAGAUCAAGAUGUCGAGAAGUUUUUUAAACUCAUUGCUAGCACUCAAAGCCGACGGUUCGAUGACCAGCGGGCGACGCUAAACCAGCUGCCAGAGAUCACAUCGCCUCGUGGGAUAACUGCUGCGGAUUCAGAUCACCUCUUCAGCAUGGUCUCCAGAAUUCAGGGCUCUCGGAUAGAUGAUCAGCGAUGCUAUGCUCCCAAUAUCCAGCUGGGGUCUCCUGCCCCCCCUAAGAAGUCUCAAUCUCAACCCGUAUCCCUGUCUGGAUCAGGCUCACCCCCUAAAUCAGCCCAGAGAUCGGAAACAUUCAGCCCUGCCUCCGAGAUACAAAAUUGCAUUGAUCAGGACCAGCUUUUUUCCCUGGUGCAUCAUGCACAGCAACGGCGAAUGGAUGACCAGCGGUGCUCAUUUGAACCCUUUAAAAAGCCGUCCUCCUCUCCAAACACUAGUCAGACAGUGGAAGAUCCUGAGCAGUUUUUCAAACUGGUGGCCAACUGUCAGAGCAGACGACUGGAUGACCAGCGCGUGACACUCAGCGCAUUGCCAGGCAUCCAGAACUGCAGCCCUGGAACCAAGAGAGAGAACAAUAAAACAUUAGCCCCUAAAAUCACCCUGACCCCUGCAUCACCUGCUGCGCCAAAAAAAGUUUGUUCCAGAUCUUCCUCUCCCACUCUGAGUGUCAGUGAACCAGACACACCUGUUGGGCCUCCCCCCAGAUCGGCCUCAUAUCCCCCCGAGAGAUUACUGCAUGAUGAUCUGUCUGCGCAGAUAUCAUUUCAGAUUUCCAUGUGCUUCCCUCCACAUCAGACGCAUGGACCAAAUAACCAGCCAUGUCCAUACCCUGAAAUCUUCCUCACAGUCGGACAACAGGGAGAGGCUAUAGUUAUUCCUCUCAGUCCUACACCUGGCAGACCGCUUUCUCUCAAUGUGAACCCACCCGGACAGCAUUGCUCCAGGUCUGCGUCUCCUCACAGGUCUCCUGCCAGGCAGGGACACUCGAGAUCCUCUUCUCCUCACCCAGGAAACACGGCUAGUCCAAUGGGUCCCUAUGAGGACUACAUCUCUCUGAACCAAAGAGUCUACAGCACUCAGAAUAAUGUACGGGACAGAGCAGAGCUGAACAAGGAGGCUAAGAAAGGAAAAGGGAAGAGUGGUGGAAAGAAAGAGAAGAAAGAGGGAAGUAAAGAAAAGAGAAGAUAGGACGCUACAUGUGUUUAUUUAUUCUGGUUUCACAUCACCUGGAUGAAUGUCAGUUUUACAAAUAAGCUAAACUUGUUGGUUUUUAGAAAAAGGUUUUUAAUAAGCAAGUUAAAAUAAGCUAUGCUCACACUGGAAAUGAACACACUGUUUAGAAAUGUAUUCUGUAUGGUUUUAUUUCAUGGCUCAGGGUUUGUGUAAACUGACUGAAAUGUAUUUUAUUUGUGUGUCUGUAUUAAGUGAAGGUGUAAAUGUAGUUUUUUUUUUUUUAAUCUGCUGUGAUGGAUGAUCAAAUAGGUUUGUGCUGUUUCUGUUGUGUUUGAUAAUCUCUUGUGAAUUUAAUAAAAACAU